AUGAUCAAGCUUGGUGCCAAGGUCCUCGUCAGAGUUGGUACCGCUGGUGCCAUGCAGAAGACUCUCGGAAUCGGUGAUAUCGUUAUCGCUACUGGUGCUGUUCGUGAUGAGGGUACAUCGAGGCAUUACAUGCCUCUCGAAUUCCCUGCCCUUGGAUCGGCUGCUGUUGUCACGGCAAUGUGUAGCGCUGCCCAACACCAGCUCGAGGCGGAAGAUGAAGAGCUUAAGGAAGGUGCUCAGUGGGUCUACGACGCUGGCCCGGUCCAUUCUAAGGAUUCCCUCAUGGCUAGAGAGUUCAAGUUCGGCCCCUAUGCUGCUGAGCACAAACGCUAUAUGGAAGUAUUGGAGAAUCUCGGCUGCCUAGCGUCUGAGAUGGAAGUAGCCAUGCUCUUCAGUCUGGCUCAGGUCUAUGGUGUCAAGGCUGGCUGCGUCCUUGCUAUCAUUGGUGGUGGUGACGGCGCGCCUUUCUCCGAUGAAGCUCAUCUGAAGAGCGAGGCGGUGACUCGUUCAUGCACAAUCGUAUGUCAGGGCAUGGCCCAGCUUAAGAGAAAACUCAUGCGUUACGGGAGGAAGGCAUCCCUUCUCGGACGUUCACUUUCUCAGACCAUCAGUUAA